CCCCCUUAUUGCCCCCUAUACAGCCCCCUCAUCAUCUUAGUCGCCCUCCUCUGGACCCUUUCCACAAUCUCCAUGUCUUUCUUGUACUGAGGGCUCCACACCUGGACACAGGACUCCAGAUGGGGCCUCACAAGAGCCGAGUAGAGAGGGACAAGGUCAUUGAUGGAGAUGUUGAACAAGGACCCAGCACCGACCCCUGAGGAACACCGCUGCUUACAGGCCUCCAACCAGACCCUGCACCACCAACAUCGACCCUCUGUGCUCUGCCAGUUCUCAACUCACCUCACUGUCCACUCAUCCAUCCCACACUUGCUCAGCUUUGUUAUAAGGACGUCAUGGGGGACAGCAUCAAAAGCCUUGCUGAAAUCAAGGUAGGCCGCAUCCACUGCUCUGCCCCCAUCCACCCAGCCAGAGACAACAGCAUAGAAGGCCACCAGGUUGGCCAAGCACCACCUCCCCCUGCUGAACCUGUGCUGACUGCUCCUCAUCACCUCCUCUUCUUCCAUUGUCUGCAGAUGACAAGAUUUACAAGAGAACCUUUGAAAUGAGUGCCAUGAGAUCCGACUCCAUCCUUUCCAGGCUGCCGUGUCGCCGCAGCACUUGUUUCUCAAGCCUUAAUAUGGCAUUUUGGGUGGUAGCAUGGGGCACUGCAUAGGUUUCCAGCCACCCAGUGGUUGCCUCCACCAUAGUGAGCAUUGCGAGAUGGUGGCAAGGUGACAGCAUCAACCUGCCGUGCCUCCCCACGUUUGUACUUCUGCCCUUCCUCCCACAGAGGUUUCAUCUCUUGGCUUGUUUGAUGAUGGCACACGUUUCACAGUUACGAAUAACCUGUGCAAUGGCAUCCGUAGCUCAGUCCACCCCUCCGGCCCAUUUCUAACAUAGAAAUCUCUCCCUUGAUGACCUGAGGUCUCAUGGGCCCACGGAGCCGGAAAUAAUUCACCCUUGUUCUGCCACCCCAGGUCUAUUUGAGCCACCUCAAUCCUGGCAGCUCGGUCUCCCUGAUGGUUGUUUUGUUGUUCUUCAGUAGCCCAGGCCGCGCCGCUCUCUCUGGGUUCCGGCCCGCCGCUCCCGGCGGCAUCCCAGGAAUGCAUGGCGCGGGAUGGCGGCCCUCAGGCUGCGCGGCCCCGCCGGGCCGCUGAGCUGAUCGAACCGGGCCCGAAACGGAACCGGGCCGACGGGACGGAACCGGGCUGAGAGAAGAGAACCGGGAUCGACCGGGGGGAGAAACGGACCGAAACGGACGGAAACGGACGGGAACGGACGGGAACGGGCUGCCGGCGGCGGAGCCGGGCUGAGGGACGGAACCGGGCCGAGGGGACGCGGCUGAGGGGAAGGAACCGGGCCGAGAGCUGAGGAGACGGAGCCGGGCCGAGGGCGGAACCGGGCCGAGGGGACGCGGCCCGAGGGGAGGGGAACCGGGCCGAGGGGACAGAACUGAGCCAAGAGGGCAGAACUGGGCUGAAGAGGCAGAACCGGGGCCGAGGAAACAGAACCGGGCCAAAGAGAGAGAACUGGGCCGAGGAGACAGAACCGGGCUGAGGGGACCCAGCUGAGGAGACGGAACUGGGCCGAGAGGACAGAACCGGGCUGAGGGGACUGGGCCCAGCCGAGGGGAAAGAGAACCGGGCCCAAAGGGACAGAACUGGGCUGAGGGCAUCGAAGCGGGCCUGGCUGAGGGGAGAGACUCAAAGAACCGGGCUGAGGGGACGGAACCGGACCAGGCCCAGGCCCAGCUGAGAGGACAGAACCGGACCAGGCCCAGGCCCAGCUGAGAGGACGGAACCGGCCCAGGCCCAGGCCCAGCUGAGGGGACAGAACCAGACCAGCCCGGGCCCAGCUGAAGGGACGGAACCAGACCGGCCCAGGCCCAGCUGAGAGGACGGAACCGGACCGGCCCAGGCCCAGCUGAGAAGACAGAACCGGACCAGGCCCAGGCCCAGCUGAGAGGACGGAACCGGACCAGGCCCAGGCCCAGCUGAGAGGACAGAACCGGACCAGGACCAGGCCCAGCUGAGAGGACAGAACCGGACCGGCCCAGGCCCGGCUGAGGGGACGGAACCGGCCCAGGCCCAGGCCCAGCUGAGGGGACGGAACCGGCCCAGGCCCAGGCCCAGCUGAGGGGACGGAACCGGACCGGCCCAGGCCCGGCUGAGGGGACAGAACCGGACCAGGCCCAGCUGAAGGGACGGAACCGGACCGGCCCAGGCCCAGCUGAGAGGACGGAACCGGACCGGCCCAGGCCCAGCUGAGGCCCCGGCCAUGGCGGAGCCGCUGCUGCGGAGGACCUUUUCUCGGUUACGGGGCCGCGAUCGACCGCGGAGGAAGAAAUCAGACGGUAAAGAGAGAGAGCAGCCCCAGCUCGGCCCCGACCCCUUGCCAGCCCCCGACGCUUCGUCUCCAGCGACCCCGGAACCGCCAGCAUCCCGAAGGCAGAACUGGGUUCGCUUCUCCGGCCGUCAUCCUCCUCCUCCUAAAUCCACCCCGGAGGGGCCGGAACCCAGCGAACGGGACGAGAUGGGCGGCAGCAACCCUCCAUCGGCUGCUGAUCCAGGCGGGGAGGAGCCACAGGAACCGGCGGUGGAGGAGGAGGAGGAGGAGGAGGCGGACGCGGCGGAGCUCGGAGGUCCGGGUCGGAGCCCAGGACACGGCGCUUAUCUGCAAAGCCUGGAGCGGAGCAGCCGGCACUGGGUGCUGUCGUCGGGGAAGGGAGCAGGGCUGGAUGAAGGUGGAGGAAGCAGCGAAACGGAGGUCGGAACGGGAGGCAGCGAAGGGGAGAUCUGGUACAACCCCAUCCCAGAGGACGAGGAUCCUCCGAGGCCGCGCAGGGAGGAGGCGGAGAGAACGGCAACGCGGGGCACGGAGGAGGAGCCGGCAGGCAGGAGCCAGGCCUGUGCAAAGAUGCCCAUCCCCUGCGUCAGCUCUGGGGCCGGACUCCCAGCCCCGUCCCCCCCCUCCAGCCCCGGUGCCACCAAGAAGGGCCGCUCUCUCAGCCGAGUCAAAUCCCCCGGCACCGUGCGCCGCCUCUCCAUGAAGAUGAAGAAACUCCCGGAGCUUCGGAGGAAGCUGAGCCUUCGCAACCCUCGCUCCAGGGCACAGGAGGGCAGCACUUCUCCUUCGGACACCCGCAAGGAAUCCAGCAACGUCAUCAGCCGUUACCACCUGGAUACCAGCGUGGCUUCGCCUCCUCGUACCAAAGCAGCCAGCAAAGGCGGUUACCUGAGCGACGGCGACUCGCCGGAGCUGCCGGCCAAAACGGGGCCGCGGGACGAAGCCGAGGAUGGAGAAACGCCCUUGGAUUCGGCUUCGUUCCGACCUUACAGCUGCGGGGAGGCGCCGAGGGGAGGGCAGAGCAUCUCCGGUUUGGUCAACGUGCAUCUGUACGGCGUGAGGGAUUUGAGAGCUCCCGAAACGCGGGAGGUUUUCUGCGUGCUCCAGGUGGAUGCGGCCAACCGGGCUCGCACGGCUCUGCUGCCCUGCAAGGCGCCUUUCCUCGGCCUCAAUCACACCUUCAACCUGGAGCUGGAAGGGGCGCAGCUGCUCAAGGUGAUCGUCUUCUCCUGGGAUCCUUCGUCCUGUCGCAACCGUCUGUGCUGCCACGGCAGCGUGGCGCUGCCCCACAUCUUUCGGGGUGAGCAGCAAAGCCAGCAGCUGGCCGUGCAGCUGCAACCCCGAGGCGUCCUGUUCUCCAAAUUCACUUUGGUGGAGCAGUGGGAAGGAGGAGGAGGAGGAGGAGGCGAACGCGAGCCUCGCGUCUUCGGCGUGGAGCUGGGCCAGCUGGUGGAGAGAGAAAAAACAGCCACCAAAGUGCCUUUGCUCAUCCAGAAAUGCGUGGCAGAGAUCGAGAAACGCGGCUUAAAGGUAGUCGGGCUCUAUCGCCUCUGCGGUUCGGCCGCCGUCAAGAAGGAGCUGCGCGACGCCUUCGAACGGGACAGCGCUGCCGUCCGGCUGUCGGAGCAGCUCUAUCCCGACAUCAACGUCAUCACAGGGAUCCUUAAGGACUACUUGCGGGAGCUGCCCACGCCGCUCAUCACCCCCACGCUGUACCACGUCGUGUUGGAGGCCAUGGCCAAACGACCCCCCCGGCUCCCCCCAGCUGAACGGGGCGUCCCUUUACUCGACUGCCUGCCUGAUGUGGAGAAGCUCCCUGUGUGA